AUGAAGUUCUCCUUUGCUGCUCUACUGUUCACCAUUGUGGUUUUCAUUGGAGGAUCUGUAUCUGCACCAGUUGACUGUAAUCAACCUUCAGUCGGAUAUCCAUCUCCAGUAGGAUAUCCAUCUCAACCUCAGGUCGGAUAUCCAUCUCCACCUCAGGUCGGAUAUCCAUCUCAACCUCAGGUCGGAUAUCCAUCUCAACCUCAGGUCGGAUAUCCAUCUCAACCUCAGGCCGGAUAUCCACCUCAACCUCAAGUCGCAUAUCCAUCUCCAGUAGGAUAUCCAUCUCAACCUCAAGCCAAUUUAGGAUAUCCAUCUCAACCUUCAGUCGGAUAUCCAUCUCAACCUCAAGUUGCAUAUCCAUCUCCAGUAGGAUACCCAUCUCAACCUCAAGUGGCUUAUCCAUCUCAACCUCAAGCCAAAUGUGGAUUUGUAUCUGCACCAGUUGAUUGUAAUCAACCUUCAGUCGGAUAUCCAUCUCCAGUAGGAUAUCCACCUCAACCUUCAGUCGGAUAUCCACCUCAAUCUCCAGUCGGAUAUCCAUCUCAACCUCAAGUCGCAUAUCCGUCUCCAACAGGAUACCCAUCUCAACCUCAAGUCGCAUAUCCGUCUCCAGCAGGAUACCCAUCUCAACCUCAAGUCGCAUAUCCACCCCAACCUCAAGCUAAUUGUGACAAACCUUAA